AAUCAAUCAAUCUCCUUCUUCUUCCAAUUCCCUUACUCGAUCUCCACAAGACCUAACCAUGGCCGCCAAAACGACCCUCCUCCUCGCCGUUUCAUUCCUCGCAACAAUGCUCACCCUCUCCACUUCUCAAGUACUACCACCACCCCUCCUCACCGCCACGUGUCCCCUCCCGCUCGAGCUCUCGCCGGUCCUCCUCACCGACCAGCUCACCAAACUGGCCGCCUCCGCCGACUACGGCAACAUGGUCCACGUGGAGCCGGCCGCCGUCGCACACCCGAGAUCCGUCGAGGACAUCUCCCUGCUGAUAACGACGUCGUACAACUGCUCCCUCCCUUACGGCGUAGCCGCCAGAGGGAACGGCCACUGUACCAAAGGGCAAGGGAUGGUCAGCGACGGCGUCGUUUUGAACAUGCAGAGCUUGAGUACUGGUGGAAACGCGGGAACGAAAAUUGUGGUGUCCUCGGACCGUACGUUUGCUGACGUCAGCGGCGGGGCGCUGUGGAUCGAGGUGCUGACCGAGGCACUGAAGCUGGGAGUUGCACCGGUGACGUGGACCGACUUCCUGUACCUGACCGUCGGUGGCACGCUCUCCAACGCUGGGCUCGGCGGCCAGGCUUUCCGGUUCGGGCCACAGAUCGCCAAUGUUCACGAGAUGGACGUCGUUACAGGGAAAGGAGAGGUGGUGACCUGCUCGGCAAACAAGAGCUCUGAGCUGUUCUAUGGAGUUUUGGGCGGUUUAGGGCAGUUUGGAGUGAUUACCAGAGCAAGGAUUGCCUUGGCUCCAGCUCCCCAAAGGGUAAAAUGGGCACGACUUUUGUACAGCGAUUUCGCGACUUUCAGCAGCGACCAGGAGAAGAUCAUCGCCAACAACGCGCACCCCGAUUCGGUCGAUUACAUCGAAGGCCAGGUUUUACUCGACAACGGCACUCCAAACCUGUGGGAGACCAGCUUCUUCCCGACAGACGCCAUCCCCACCAUAACCUCCCUCGUCAACGAAAAGGGCAUCGUUUACGCCUUGGAGGUCGUCAUGUACUACAACCCCGCCAACGAGGCGAUCAAGGACCAGCAAAUGAAGCAGCUGAUCAGGCAGCUAAAGAACGACCGCGGCCUAGCUGCCAUGAAAGACGUGACCUACUACGAGUUUCUGACCAGAGUCCCGGUCCCCGACCCGUCGAUCCCGCUGGCCCACCCGUGGUUGAACCUUUUCGUGCCGAAAUCCGGCGUGUCACAGUUCAACGACGGCGUCGUUAGGGACAUCGUCAUGCGAGCCAACAUCACCGUCGGACCCGUCCUCUUCUACCCGGUCAACCGCAACAAGUGGGAUGACAAGAUGUCGGUGGUUAUACCUGACGAGGAGAUUUUCUAUGCGUUCUCGUUGCUGAGUCAGAGCAACGUGGGUGACUGGCAGAAGUAUCAGGACCAAAACGCUGCCGUGCUGGCGUAUUGUGAGAAGGCUGGGAUUAAGGUCAAGCAGUACCUGGCGGGUCAUUCCACGCAGCAGGACUGGAUCAAGCAUUUUGGGCCGAAGUGGGCUGGUUUUCAGCAGAAGAAAGCCCAGUUCGAUCCCAAGUUCAUCUUGUCCCCUGGCCAGAAGAUCUUCAAUUAGAGAGAGAGAGAGAAAAAAAUAUGAUUUAAUUAGGGUCGUAUACUAUACUCUCAUUGUGGACUCACAUUAGUAGAGUAAUACCAUAGUGCUAACAGAGAUAGAUAUAUAUGAGUGCAUUUCAACACCGAAAGAAAAAAGAGCAUGUAAGAACCCAUAUUAAUUGGAAUAUUAUAUGUUUCAUUUUCAAUAUUUGAGAAUGUGGGGGUAAUUAACAACUUUUGAGUUUUGAGUUGACAUUGUUUUGAUAAUAGUAUUAUUGUUUUUAUAAGGUUG